AUGUGUGGCAGGUUCCUGAGGCAGCUGUUGGCUGAGGAGAGCCAGCACUCCACCCCUGUGGGACGCCUCCUGCUUCCUGUUCUCCUGGGAGUCCGUCUUGUGCUGCUGGCUGCCAGUGGGCCUGGGAUCUAUGGUGAUGAUCAGAGAGAAUUUGUGUGUCACACUCAGCAACCAGGCUGCAAGGUGGCCUGCUACGAUGCCUUCCACCCACUCUCUCCGCUGCGCUUCUGGGCCUUCCAAGUCAUCUUGUUGGCUGUGCCCAGUGUCCUCUAUCUGGGCUUCACCCUUUAUCAUGUGAUUGAACACUGGGAAGAAUCAGAAAAGGUGAUGAAGAAGGAAGAGAUCCUGACCCACAAAGGGGACGGCAGCAGAAGGGUCUCAGCGGCUAGAAGCCUCAAGCUGCUCUGGGUCUAUGUGGCACAGCUGGGUGCUCGGCUGGUUCUUGAAGCGGCGUCCCUGGGGGGGCAGUACCUUCUGUAUGGGUUCAACAUUCCCAGCUCCAUAUCAUGUCGCCAAGAGCCUUGCAUUGGCAGUGUAACCUGUAAUCUGUCCCGCCCCUCUGAGAAGACCAUCUUCCUAAAGACCAUGUUUGGGUUCACUGGCCUCUGUCUCUUGGUUACUCUUUUGGAGCUGGUGCUUCUGGGUUUGGGGAGAUGGUGGAUGAUUCUGAAACACAAAUCUUCCUCCCCAACUUCAGAGAGCACUACAAGAUACAAGGAACCAACUGACAACUUCCCAGUGGUGGAAACAAAAGAGCAGUUUCUAGAAGCAGUGUCCAUCCCCAUCGAUUGGACAAUUCCGACCAUGGACCAGGAUGCGAGUACAAGUCCCUUCUACUGCCUGCCCUUCAAUUUUCCUACUUAG